AGAAGAUUGGACUUUUAAUUUUGUGAACGGAGAAGGUUCAUCUUUUGAUUAGGAAAUAGUGUAAUUAUUUGAUCGACUGCUUAUUGUUGUCACCCCACUUCUUGAUUAGUUUUAGAUUGUGAAGCAGGUGACCUGACUCCAUGACAACUACCCAGACUACAAUGAGUCAGCCUAAUAAAGCUAAUGAACGAGCAGCCUCCUCUACUGCCAGCGUUCAAAACCCAGCUUCCUCAUUCAAAAGAUUGGGCAGGAAAUCACCGUUUAUGAGAUAUGGACUUCCUAUGAUCUCACUAACAGUGCUUGGAUCUAUUGGUCUUAGCCAACUUCUGCAAGGCAGCAAGGAUAUAGCUAAAGUAAAGGAUGAUCAAGAGUGGGAAAUCAUCGAAACAAGAAAAGCUCUUUCCCGGUUUGGACCUGUCAAUGCAUAUAACCCCAAAAAAAUGAACUUGGAGGAAGAACUAAAGGCUUUGCAAGAGAAGGUUGAUAUUAAUGAUUAUGAAUAUAAGAAAAUCCCUAAGCCAAAGGAAAGCGAAUAAAAUAAUGUUAGUGGGACUCUCUUGUUCAAUAAUUUUGCAGCUCGUUGGCUUCUCUUUUGGACUGUCAUUUCACUGAUUUCUCUGUCAGGCAGACUCUUCCAUCCACGAGUUACGUGCUACCGUUGGAAGUAAUUUUUACUGAGUUUGUGAAUGCUUUUAGCUGUGUAUGCAGGUUGAGUAUGUAACUCUUAGUCAAGUUUUAAGUUUAUGCAUUCCAUGUUUGAAAUAAUGUGGGCUAUUCUUCCUUAGAUCUUAUUAAUUAACUUCUAUUUAAGAAACUGCU